CAACUGUCACAAAACUUUUCUCGAUCCUUCAUUUUGGGGCGCAUCGCGGCAUCAUCCUUCGAGAGAAAAAGUGCUUCCCGGGGAAAAAAAAUCGCAUUUCCCGAACAAAUAAAGUGAAUUAAACCGUCGAAAACAGUUCAGCUUUGUUGCGCUGCAGACGAGCUACCUCGCGAGGUACGAGUAGUGUGAGUUCGGAGCCGAAAUGGGUUUUCCUUCCGGCGGUGCUUUAGAUCGGGACAAUCGCGGGGGCGGCGGUGGCGGAGGAGGAGGCGGUGGUCGAAGACAUCGUUCGCGGUCCAGAUCACGGGAUCGUCGUAGGAGUCGCAGCCGUGGUGGGGGCGGUGGUGGAGGAGGAGGGGGCGGAGAUCGGGGCGAUCGGAGGCGGUCCCGGUCGCGGUCACCGUACCGAAAGGGCCGUUCUCGCCGCAGGAAGCCGUCGCUGUACUGGGAUGUUCCGCCGCCAGGGUUCGAGCACAUUACGCCCCUGCAGUACAAGGCCAUGCAGGCCGCCGGACAGAUUCCGGCCAACAUCGUGGCGGACACUCCGCAAGCGGCGGUCCCGGUUGUGGGGUCGACCAUCACGCGCCAGGCGCGCCGACUGUACGUGGGCAACAUUCCGUUCGGCGUGACGGAGGAGGAAAUGAUGGAGUUCUUCAACCAGCAGAUGCACCUUUCCGGGUUGGCUCAGGCCGCCGGCAAUCCGGUGCUGGCCUGUCAGAUCAACCUGGACAAGAACUUUGCCUUCCUGGAGUUCCGCUCGAUUGACGAAACCACCCAGGCGAUGGCCUUCGACGGGAUCAAUUUUAAGGGGCAGAGUUUGAAGAUACGCCGACCGCACGAUUACCAGCCGAUGCCGGGCAUGACCGAUUCGGCGGUUGCGCCAGUUCAAGAGAAAUUCAGCGGCGUCAUCAGCACGGUGGUGCCGGAUUCGCCCCACAAGAUCUUCAUCGGUGGCCUGCCCAACUAUCUGAACGAGGACCAGGUCAAGGAACUGCUGCUGUCGUUCGGCCAGCUGAAGGCGUUCAAUCUGGUCAAGGAUGCCGCCACCGGGCUUAGCAAGGGUUACGCCUUCGCCGAGUACGUCGAGUACAGUAUCACUGAUCAGGCAAUUGCUGGCCUCAACGGUAUGCAGCUCGGCGACAAGAAGCUAAUUGUACAACGGGCCAGCGUGGGAGCGAAGAACGCCAACGUGGCCGCCGUGGCGCCGGUGCAGAUUCAGGUACCUGGCCUGUCGCUGGUCGGCUCUUCCGGUCCCCCCACCGAGGUGCUCUGCCUGCUUAACAUGGUCACGCCCGACGAGCUCAAGGACGAGGAAGAGUACGAGGACAUCCUGGAGGACAUCAAGGAGGAGUGCAACAAGUACGGCGUCGUGCGCAGCGUCGAGAUCCCCCGCCCCAUCGAGGGCGUCGACGUGCCCGGCUGCGGCAAGGUCUUUGUCGAGUUCAACUCGAUCGUGGACUGCCAGAAGGCCCAGCAGGCGCUUACGGGUCGCAAGUUCAGCGACCGCGUCGUCGUUACCUCAUACUUUGACCCGGAUAAGUAUCAUCGGCGCGAGUUUUAGACACAAUGAGCUGCGGUGUGAAGUAAUUUAAUUUUAAGGGUCCUCCCCGUUUGCGAGAGGAGCGGGGAGACAAACAAACAACAAAACAUUAUUGCACUUGUAGACAAAAAAAAGAGCAUCAAGACGAUCAACAGAGUGAAAAAAAACGAAGUAAACAGCGUGUGUAAUAUAAAUUCAGUGGAGGGCUCAUUAAUUCCAAAUCAUACACUCUUGAGAAAGACGCCACACAAUGCGCGAGCGCGCGCAAACUUCGUGGGUUCGUUCGGAUGGUAAAUGAUGAAAAACGAAGCGGCUUAUUAUUCUCGUCAAUCUUGAAAGUUUUAUUACAAAAGUUUUGCGGCAAGCUUAAGUUUGCCUGCAAUCAUCACUUUAUUAUUAUUAAUAAUGUUUCCCAUAAGCAGCAGCAGUCAGCACACACACACAUAAACGCACAACCAUAACGUGACGCAAACAAAAAAAAAACUUAUUUCGGUGAGGAAUUAAGAUAUACCAUCCGCGCGCAAUAAACAGCCAAAUGCAGAAACAUUGUGAACCGAAUUAAAAUAGAGACGCAAUUUGCCCGCGCGCCCUCCCAGCAUGAGUCCAAUCGUUGCUCACACACGACCGACGAGACUCUUCAUGAAUGGAAACUUUUUCAAUUAAACAGUCACAUCUUUCUGCCUCCGCGCGGCCCCACGUUUGGGCCAGGAUGCGCUGAGCCGAGCAUCCAAUCAUAAAGACUCCACACGCAGUGAUGGGCAAACAAGUGUUUGACAGGUUUGCGCGGGAAUAAUUCACACUGACUGGGUUGUAGUAGCGUUAAAUUUAAGUUAAUUAACGCACUGUGGCGGCAAUGGUAAUUUCGUGGCAGGAUGUGUGUGUACUGGACCAGUUUAAUAAAGAAAAAAAAAAUGCACUCUCUACUGUAAA